GACAGCAUCAUUCAGUUGAUAUGCAUAUCAAAGGGAACAGGCCUGGGCCUCAUCAUCAAGGGCGGAACAAACCGAGCAGAGGGACCAAUGGUGUUGAUUCAGGAAAUAGUGCCUGGAGGAGACUGCCAGAGGGUGACUUGUCACUAUGUUUACCUUCCGAUACUGGGGGAGUCAGGGGUUACACAGGGGGUUUGUGUAAAAGACAUAAUAAAGUGUGAGAUGUUAGUUAAGGCAUAAAACAACUAUAGCCUAAUGACCUGAAGAUAUUCUCUAUCUGUAUUCAACUGAUAUUGAGCAUAUUGUUAUCAUAUUACAAUGAAACCAUGACCCUUGAUCUAGUUUGUGUUUUAUAUGACAGGACGGUAGGCUACAGCCAGGAGACCAGCUGGUGUCGAUUAAUAAGGAGUCGUUAAUCGGAGUGACCUAUGAGGAGGCUAGAAGUGUCCUGACACGCACCAAACUCAGGUGGGGUGCACCUGUAUGACUUGAAUAUGUAUUGACAGGAUAAACCUCCUGAGGUCCACCAUCUUGUUUUCAAGGUUCCUGUAUAAACAGACAGUAGUUGAAGAGUAAACACAUCAAUCUCUACUGUAAUGUGUCCAGAACAAUCUCUGAAGGAAUCGUGUGAACUAUAACCUAGACUGCGUUCAAAUGGCACCCUAUUCAAUAGUCCUCUACCUUUUACUUGAUCCCUAUGGGCCCUUGUCAAAAAUAGUGCACUAUGUAGGGAAUAUCCCUAUCAACUACAUUCAAAGUAGUCCAAUCCAUUCUCAAUUCCUUCUCUGUCUGUCCUUCUCCAGACCAGACCCUACGGUGGAGAUAGCAUUUAUGACACACAGGUCUUCCUCCAGUUCUGCUUCCUCCAGCAGUGGCCCCCAGAGCCCUAUCACCCCCCAGGGCCCAGCCAGCGGAGCCUCCGCAGUGCCCCCCACCAGGAGAGAGACCCUGGCCGUGCUGGGGGCCCUGCCUCCCCCUGAGUCACUGCUCCAGCACAGGAGAACCACGCUCCCUGCAGCCCUCCCUGGAGCUCCCCUGGUGGUGCCCAAGAUCACCUCCACCCCCAACCCCACCAGCGAGACCCUGCCUUCUGUCAACCUCAGCCAGGUUAGGGACUCUACCGCAGGGACACACAGACCACACACACACACACACACACACACACACACACACACACACACACACAGUUUUCUGUGA